UCAUUUUGUGACCCGGCUUUGUUGCGAAGCUCCAUAGACACAGGUGAGGCUGCCGCAUAACCCACCGAUGGCUCACCAGCCCGCGCGGUCCAUAUCGGCGGCGCUGCGGCGCGAGCGGCCGCUGCGGAGGAGCGACCUCAUGAUCCCGCCUGGUACUGUCGAGAUGGGGCCGCCUUCGCCGAGCGGCCCGGUCUUCGUGCGGCCGCGCGCCGUCGUCGAUGAGGCCGACGCGACUGCCCAUGCGGAGCCACCACCGGACGCGGAUGCGGCGCCGACCGCACCAGAACGACCCGCGGCGAACGCGGCGCCGCCGCCCGAGGAGCCCGCCGUCGUCGUCGUCGCGGCGGCGCCGGACGACGCCGAGCCCGCGCCGCCGCCGCCACUGAGCCCGCUCCCGCCGGACGACGACGCGGUGCCGCCGCGCCACAAGCCGCUCCAGCAGCGCGUCUCGCCCCGGUCCGUGCUGCUCGUGCCGGACGAGCAGGACAGAACCGUAGACAUAGACGUCUACGUGGAAGACGAGGACGAGGAACAGCUCGACCGGCUCACGAUGCUGCGGAAGAGAGGCUACUUGGCCUUCUACGACCGGCCGCCGUUCAUGAGCGUGGCGCUCGUGGCAUCCUGGUGCCUCGUGCAGCAAGAACGCGGCUACCCCCCAUACGACGAGGACGCGUACUGCCUCGGGCCCGACACGCCGUUCAAGACGGUCUUCGCCCACGCGUACGCGCAUUCCUCGCGCGAGCACCUCUACUCGAACGUGGUUUCCAUGCUAUUGGUGGGCGGCGUCCUGGAGGCCGUCGAGGGGCCGCUCUGCGUAUUGUGCAUUUUUGCGUGCGCGGUGCCUUGUGGAGCGGCGUACCACUCAUUAUGGAAGCCGCACGCCUUCGUGCGCGGCGCCUCGGGAGGCGUCUACGGCGUGAUGGCCGCGCACGUUUCGACCAUGUUCAUGAACUGGCACGAGAUGCCUCUUCGCUACUUCCGGCUCCUGGCUUGCGUCUUCGUAAUAGCGGCGGAGAUCGCCGGCCGCUACUGGUACCGCCAGCCGAACCUCGGCUACGCGGCGCACUUCGGCGGCGCCGUGGGCGGCGCCGCGGCGGCGUUGGUGCUCGUGCGCAACGUGCGGCUCCGUUCGGUCCGGCGUCUGCGAGGCCUUCGACCUGCGCUCCUACGCCAUCGACGCGACGCGGCGCCUACCGCCCGAUUCCCGCGCAGGAUGCCACGAGUUCGCGUUCCUGGUCGCCGGCCUGGUGGUGUACGCGGCGUCGGCGCUCGCGGUCGUCUACUACGCUGGUGAUUCGAGACCAGCGCUCGGCAUGGCGCUGGUCUCGCCGCCACUGGUGAUGCAGCUCGCGAUGACGUCCUGUUCCUACGACGGCGACGACUCCGUCUUGGAGCCCGGGGCGCGCGUCUUUGAUCUCUCCGCGUGGCGGGCGCUGUGCCGCGGGCGGCCUUCCUCGGUCGAUGAUGAUGGCGAUGGGGUUGUGUAGGGUGUUUUCAUGUGGCC